UCCCCCGAUUAGUUGAAGAAAUCUAAGAUUAAUUCGAUCCUUCAAAAUCCACAAUGGCUAUGGUUGCAUCGAGAUGCCAAGGGAGGCGAAUCGCCGCCUCCUUCUUCUCACCUAUCACCAUUCGACACUCUCUCGCUUCUUCCGAGGAGUCUGCAUUUUCGGGAGUUCGUUCUAUUUCAACUCAAAUUGUUCGCAACCGUAUGAAGAGUGUUAAGAAUAUUCAGAAAAUCACAAAAGCAAUGAAGAUGGUUGCAGCUUCAAAGCUGCGAGCCAUCCAAACUAAAGCUGAAAAUUCUCGUGGACUAUGGCAGCCAUUCACCGCUCUUCUUGGAGAUCUUCCAAGUAUCGAGGUGAAGAAGACCGUGGUCGUCACAAUAUCUUCUGACAAAGGUCUUUGCGGUGGUAUAAAUUCUACAGCAGUCAAGAUCAGCAGGGGCCUUCAUAAGUUGAACUUUGGUGGUCCUGAAGCAGAGUGUAAAUAUGUCAUUUUGGGGGAGAAAGCCAAAGCCCAGCUCAUACGUGACUCAAAGAAAGACAUCGAGUUAUCAAUCAUAGAGUUGCAGAAAAAUCCUCUCAACUACAGUCAGGUAGCUAUGCUUGCAGAUGACAUCUUGAAGAAUGUGGAGUAUGAUGCACUAAGGAUCGUAUACAGCAAGUUCCAGUCAGUCGUAUCGUUUAUACCAUCAGUCUCAACCGUACUGUCUCCCGAGAUUGUUGAGAGAGAAGCUGAGGCCGGGGGAAAGCUCGCGGAACUUGAUUUGUAUGAAAUUGAAGGUGGCGAGGCUAAGUCCGAGGUGCUUCAAAACCUCACCGAGUUCCAGUUUUCCUGCGUGAUGUUCAAUGCAGUGUUGGAAAAUGCUUGCAGCGAGCAGGGUGCGAGAAUGUCGGCCAUGGAUAGCUCAAGCAGGAAUGCAGGAGAGAUGCUUGAUCGACUAACGCUCACUUAUAACCGAACUCGUCAAGCAUCCAUCACUACUGAAUUGAUAGAGAUCAUAUCUGGAGCAUCGGCGUUGGAGGGUUAAUAAAAAAUGAUAGCUUGAUUGAUGGAUAAUAAGCUGAUUCAAGCAGAGAUAAAUAACAGCAGCUUACUUUCUCCUUCUGCAGAGAAUGUUGGCUUAUGAUAUAGACAUGAUGUCGGAUUCCUUUUUAUUUGAUAAAAUAAUAAAGUGGAUAUUUUUAAAGUUUA